AUGCUCGUUUUUGCCGUUCUGAGCUCGCGUUUGACAGCCUCCGCAUGGGCUGGUGAGGCGAGUGAGCGAAACCGGCCGGAUACAGGCGGGACUCACGAAAAGCGCCGUCCAGAUCACGGUCCCGAUCGCGAUCGUCGUCCCAGUGCCGCCGGCGUGUCUGCGACUGCGCGCGUAGGUCCUGCCAACUCGAGCCGAGGUACCGGCAUGUCUGGUGGUCCGGUUGGCAGCCCGACUGAACCGCUCAUCUCGUUCGGCUGGGGCCAGUAUGGCGCAUCCGGAGACGCUGCUGAUGCUCUGCUCGACUGCAGCCAACCGGCAUGUCGACUGCUGCUGGUGCCACCGGCCGGCAGCCCCCUCGAGACGAAUGGUCACCAUGCGGUGGAUGGCCCUCCCUUGACGCAGUCUUUGACUAGUCCUUUCUCCCAUUCUGGAGCCCACGUGUCGGUAGUCAAUUCAGCUCGCCUCGUCUCUGCGCCGGCACCGCAGACGCUGCUCAAAUCGCUGGAGCCGGAUGUGGGAGUGUGUGUCUGGCAGGAAGACUGGGGGGCUGCAAGGCAGGGUUGCCAAUACUUUCUGGAAGAGCCCGGUUUCAGGCAGUCCUCGCGCCCAGACAUGAAAAGACCAGCUGGAAGCAGUUAUCGCAAGACGGUCAGAUGGUCGGAAGACAGAGGUGAGGCCGUCAUUGAAACAGAAAACUAG